CCAUACUUCCCAAAUACCAAACCUCUUUUUUGCCUGUAAUAUCUGUACCACACAUCAACUCUAACGAGUGAUCCUUUCUCAUUUCCUGUUCAAUUCCCACAAUUCGGAUCCUACACCCCACGAACAAGUCCAACCACACCCUGUCCAGUAUCUAGACGAGACGACGACUACGACUACGACUACGACCGCGACAUCGCCAACCUCGACCCGAAGUUCUCACAAUGGCACCACUUACGCCCCAUUGGACCCAGCCGUCCCACCCGGACGUCCAGGAUGUCAUCAAGGCGAGCGAGACAGAGUUCCUCACCAAGAGCUUCUCCAAGGUCUCUCUGCCGCCCUUUGCCGUUUACGCAAAGAUGUCCUUCCCGCCAUGCGACCUGGCCGACGAGCCGACAUAUGCCACCGUUCAGUGCGGCAAGGCCAAGCACUUGAACCUCAACAGUGACCUGCUGUACAUUAACCACUCAUGCGAACCAUCUCUUAUUUUUGACACAGGCAACUUUAAUGUCCUGGCUGGCCCGAAAGGACUUCAGCCUGGCGAUGAACUAACUUUCUUCUACCCCUCCACGGAAUGGCACAUGGCCCAGCCGUUUGACUGCUUCUGCGGUACCCCCUCGUGCCGUGGCACGAUCGGCGGCGCACGCGACAUGGCCCGCGACAAGCUCGAGGGUCUCUGGCUCAACGGCCACAUCCGCGAGCUCCUCGAGGAGCGCGACUCGGGGGCACGCUCUGAGAACGACGACCCCACGGCCCAGGCGCUGAGAGAUGCCCUCAAGGCCGCCGAGAGCGUCGUCGAGGCAGCCCGCUCCGCGCUGAGGAGCUACACCGAGGCUACUACCGGCAGCAACAGUAACGAAGCCCAGCACCAGACGGCCAAGAACGGCGUCAACGGCUCAAAGGCCGGUCGCAAUGGCGCUAGUGCCAGGGAGUUGGGAGGCGAGCUUGGCGGCGACACGCGCGCUGCGUAAAGGGUCUGGGCUCAAAUGUUCUCUUUUGCAUUCCUAUCCAUCUAUGCCUGUUUCUGAAAAUCAAAACGGUGAUGGGAGGGGGCGGCUGUGACUUUGGCCCGUGACGUGUAAGAGGGACAACUCAACUUGUCUUCUUCGCACUC